AUAAAUAUAGAAUCCAAUAAGCAAAAACCAUCAUUCUUCACUACCAAUGGAGAUCUCAUUGCUGCUUCUUCUAGCCCUAAUAUACACCGCUGCAACAUACUUCAUUUCAAAAAUAGCCAAAAUUGGACAACGGCGGGAGCAGAAGCUCCCGCCAGGUCCAAAACCAUGGCCGAUAAUAGGCAACUUGAAUCUCCUCGGCCCAAUCCCCCACCAAUCCCUCCACCAUUUAUCCCAAAAAUACGGAGAAAUAAUGCUACUGAAAUUCGGAAAAUUCCCAGUCCUUGUCGCCUCGUCCCCCGAGAUGGCCAAACAGUUCCUUAAAGUCCACGACGCCGUCUUCGCCUCAAGACCCUCCUUCGCGGCCUCCAAACAUGUCAGCUUCAACUACUCUGACGUCGGCUUCUCUCCCUACGGCCCCUACUGGCGGGAGGCGCGUAAAAUAUUCAUAACCAAAGUGCUGAGCGCCCGAAAAGUCGAGAGCUUUGAGCCCAUCCGUGUCGAGGAGAGGCGCCGGUUGCUCUCCCGUUUAAUGUCGUUAUCGGGAAAACCGGUUGAGCUGAGAGAGCAUUUGUUGGGCUUCACUCUCUCGGUUGUAUCGAAGAUGGUUUUCAAGGAGAAGUAUUUUGGAGAUAAAGAAGAUAAAUCCGUUUUAGACAUGGAUGAGAUGAGUGAGAUAGUGAGGGAGUGGCUUGUGCUACAUGGAGCGUUUAAUAUUGGGGAUUGGAUCCCGUGGGUUGACUUUCUCGAUUUACAGGGCUAUGGGAAGAAGAUGAGGGCUUUGCGAAGGAAAAUGGAUGGAUUUUGUGACUACGUGAUUGAUGAUCAUUUGGAGAGAAGAGGCGAAGGUAAGGAAGAUUUUGUGGAUGUUUUGCUGCAGAGAGCUGAGGAGGAAGAUGGAGUUCGAUUCACGAGGGAUUCUGUCAAGGCGUUAACCAUGAACUUGUUGGUUGCCGCCGUAGAUACCUCAGCUGGAACGAUCGAAUGGGUUAUGCUCGAACUCCUCAGGCACCCGCACAUUAUGGAAAAGGCGAAAGCAGAGCUCAACGAAGUGAUCGGGAGAAAUAGAUGGGUAGAAGAGAAUGACAUGCCUCAAUUGCCAUACAUGAAUGCCGUCAUCAUGGAAACGUUCCGCCUACACCCAAUUGGUACACUGUUAGGCCCUCAUUGUGCGAUCGAGGAUUGCAACGUUGCGGGCUACAAUGUCUCGAAGGGCACACUAGUCCUCGUUAAUGCAUGGAGCAUAGGGAGGGACCCGAACUCGUGGGAUGCUCCAGAAGAGUUCUUACCAGAGAGAUUCAUAGGAAAAGAUUUCGAAUUUAUUACAGGAUCUAACUUUGCAGUGUUGCCAUUCGGGUCGGGUCGAAGAAGGUGCCCGGGAAUCAAUCUUGCACUUAAGACUGUUCCAACAACGUUGGCUAAUUUGUUGCAUGGAUUUGAGAUUAAAUUGGAGGAAGGCAUGAGGGUUGAAGAUAUAAGCAUGGAGGAGCAAUAUGGAUUGACUACUAUUCCUAAACACCCUCUUUCUCUCAUCAUGGAACCUACAUUGCCAAGUUAUCUUUAAUGAUUUCUUAAUGCGCAUUUAACUCUAGUGUAAUGUUAGUGUAUGAAAUAAAUGUAAUGAAAGAUAUAAAUGUAAUGAAAGAUCAGUGUAUUAUUUGAGUA